UAAAAUAAUAAUCAUGAUGAACAAUAAUAUGAAAACCCAUAUAUUCAGGGCACACAGAGCAGAGUAACCCUUUUUUUUGUGUUCUUUCUGCUUGCUCUCUCUCUCUCUCUAUACAUCUUCACCUUCAUCUUCUCAACCAGCCGAUUGAUUUUCAGGGAUUCGUUCAAGCAGAUUAACUAGCAAAUCCGAACAUUAAGUAUUGAUGUCUUCACCGUUGUUAGGUAUCGAAGGGGGCGGGCAAGCGAAUGCCUCUAUGGAAUCCGGUUUCCCGAAAAACCCUACAUUUACCGAAAGAAACUAUUUGGGAUUAUCCGACUGUUCUUCAGUGGACAGCUCUAACGUCCCGAGCCCUUGUUUAAACCUCAAGGCUACAGAACUAAGGCUUGGGCUUCCCGGAUCUCAAUCACCCGAUCGAGACCCCGAAAGCAGUUUAACAAGCUCUGAAAAGCUCGAUGAGAAACCUUUGUUCCCUUUGCUUCCUUCCAUUGACGGGAUCUGCUCGUCUUCAACAAAAACGGUCGUUUCCGGACACAAAAGGAUAUUCACUGAUGCUAUGGACAGUUGUUCUGAGAUAAAGGGAUUAUCUGACGGAAGUUGGUUGUCUGCUGCUUCGGGUUCCGAUUCAGAUCCUUCGAAGUCGGUUAUUCAAGGGAAGUUUUCUACUAAUUCAAAUGUAAAAGGAAAUGUAUCAUCGGGCGAUCAAGUUGCUAAAGGGGUAACAACGAAUCUUAACAAAGUAAACGCGUCUAAUCCUCCUGCAGCCAAAGCGCAAGUGGUUGGUUGGCCUCCGGUUAGAUCAUUUCGCAAGAACAUAUUGGCUACAAGUUCAAAAAACAACGAUGAAGUAGAUAAAAAGCCUUGCUCGGCUGCUUUAUUUGUUAAAGUUAGCAUGGACGGUGCUCCGUAUUUAAGGAAAGUCGAUCUGAGAGGCUACUCUUCGUAUCAACAACUCUCUUCUGCCCUUGAGAAAAUGUUUACAUGUUUCACCAUUGGUCAAUGUGGGUCACAGGGGGGCCCGGGAAAGGGGAAUCUUAGUGAAAGCAAAUUAAGGGAUCUUUUGCAUGGAUCGGGAUAUGUUCUUACGUAUGAGGAUAAGGAUGGCGAUUGGAUGCUUGUUGGCGAUGUUCCUUGGGAUAUGUUUAUCGGCUCGUGCAAGAGGCUGAAGAUCAUGAAGGGUUCUGAUGCUAUCGGCUUAGCUCCUGGAGCUACAGAAAAGUCAAAGAACAGAAGCUAGAUUUUGCAACUGAUGGGUUGGAAAGCUAGAGUGGUUUCUGUGUGGGUGGAAGAGGUGGGCCUGGGAUUGGGCUUGGGCUUUGGUGGGCUUUCCUUUCUGUUUUCUGGUUGCAUCUGCUUAAUGGGAAAACUGAUUUGCUAUGGAAACAGUUGCUUAAUUACUUCCCUAUCAAUUAUGAUUCUUAUGAUUAAUAUAAUAUUUUCAUUCUAGGAAAAUAUUUGAUAUUCAAUUAGUACUUUUAUUCUGCAUUAUGAAUGUGUGUGAUUUCAUAACAUGUUGAAAAAACACUCCUUAGAUUUGUACUUGUAGUUGCUUUGUGUCAAAAAAUGUAUUUUUAUUCUGGUUUUAUAUCUUGUAAUUUGAACUCUUUCGUUCAAAGAAAGAAAAUUAUCUCGCU